AUCCCACUUCUAAGCUCCCCGGUCGUCACGGGGACCCCACCACGGGACUGACCGACCGGUUAGUCCCGCAGUGGGGCCCGAGCAAUGAUUCCCGACGUUUGAAACUGUUUGCAGUAAUGUAUCGGCUACUUGCAGGAGGCUGGCGGGGUAACGGGUCUGAAUCAGAGUUCGCGAAACAAUAUUUAGUUGCUACCCCUCUCAAAAUUUCCCUCAGAUCAGGCCGCAGGCUUCUCACCAUUUGAAUUGCUAAACCAUUUUUCUCGUCUUGAACUAUGUAUGGAGAUGAUGAGCUACUGCUACAAAAUGCUGUGCCACCUUUAAAAUUUCGUCUAGGUAGCCAGCUUGUCGUUGCUGAGAAGGCCGAGUUGCUAGAUCCGCACAGGACGGUGUACCGCUUGGACCUCAAACCACCACCCUUGCUCGGUUUGCCACCGACAGUGAUCCUCAAGAAGCGAAAGGCCGACUGGGAAGAGGAGUUCGAAAAAGAGAAGCAAGCCUACGACGUCUUAAAGCCGAUUCAGGGGACCAUUAUUCCGCAUUUCUAUGGCGAAGCGGUGUAUGAUGGAUCCCCGACAUUGGUUUUGUCAUUCAUUGUUGGGAAGACCCUAUUCGAACUAUGGCGCGAUCUCCCCGAAAACGACUUGCGACAGCGCCUUGAGGAGGCUCUCAGUGCUCUGACAUCAUAUGGAGUCCACUACACCGAUAUGAAACUAGACAACUUUCUAAUGGUGAAUGACGGGCGAGUGAUGGUUGUCGACCUUGAGCAGGUAGAGUUCGAUACCACAACGACCUGGGAGGAAAGUAUCAAUAGCGCCAAUGUUGAUUCUCUGAUCGAAACUUUGAGGAUGAUGCGCCAAUAUUGCGAUCGUAGCGCAGCCAGGGCGAGGCAGAGAUAGCAGAACUAGAGGCCGUCCUCCAACACCAGUCUCAGAGACAUUGGGUAAAACGCAAGGCUGUCCCAGUUGUGUCUGCCGUGCACGAGAGGGCUGUCGUCGUCGGUCAGGUUGAUACCAGGUCUCAUGAGUGCUUCAAGGGCGGACUAGGAGAGAGAUCUUCAAUGGUCAGGGCGAUAAUGACUCCUUGAUGGGAUUUGGGGUUUGGGGAGAUGGACGUCCCGGGAACUGGGGGGCCGUAAGACUUCCAUCGUGUCUGGUAUGAAAUUGCAUAACUAAAGAAGGCAUUUUAUUGGGUCGUGCGUAAAGCACUGCUCAAAAAGGCCUUUGCUGAGGUCCUUUCGGACCGGACCUCAUUGCGUUAUUGUCACGGUCGUGAUAGACGGGUAGUCUAAUGGCAGUGAUAUUCGGCUAAGCUACAGUCUAGG